CUUGGGGGUUUUAUGACGUAAUACGUGGAAGAGAGGCGCCCAUAAGAAGUAGGUCGCGCCAGCGCAAUCUUUUCGCAAGUAUGAGGGUUGGUUUUUUAUAGCGGCGAGUUAGUUGACAAAUAUUUUAGUCGGGAAGCACACCUAUCGUACUCGAACGGUUUUCGAGCAGUAAUACGAUACGAGUUUGAUUUUUUUUCUGUUCAUUUCAUUUUUUUAUUUUUUUCAUUUCAUUUUCGGUGUUUGAUUUUUCGCGAUAUUUGAGUUAUUUCGGUAUCCAAACCGUAUGAUAAUUUUAUAUCAAUUUUGUGUUUCGAUAUACGCGCAUUUCGAGCGGACCUCGUAGCGGGAAAUUUUAAUUCGUAAAAAAUAUACCGAGUUUUGGGAGGCUGUUUAUCAAUAAAAUGAUAAUAUCAAAUAAGAACUCGACCGACGAGUCGUAGUUCUACUAAGAACUUCACAUGCCGCCAAAAUGCCACACAUUCCUUCAACGCCAAUCGAUAGCUGGAUUUCGAUGGAUUACCGAGUUAGAAAACUAUUCGCAAAGGAAAAGGUGGUGUUGAUGAGGAAGUGAAGUACCCAGCUAUGGAUACCUCUUGGCUGGGAGAAUGUCUAGUGAAACUGAUAAAAUGGAAAUACGGAAACGCCGUUCAAAUACAAGAUCUGCAAAAUUUAGAAUACGAUCCAGGAGGCUCGCUGUGCAAAUGCUUUCGCUCGCUCACCACAUAUUCAAACACCGUGAUCCUGAUUGCAUUUUCAUUCGCUGUCGUCACGGCCAGCGGCCAAUACGUCAACAAUGGAAUCAACAGCCCGUAUUCGAAUAAUUCGUCAAAAUUACAACCUAGCUUAGGCACCAGUGUGUUCGUAGAUAAAAAUUACGCGCUAGAUGUAUCCGCAAUACAAAUCAGUCAUCUCGCUGUGUCGCCGAUACCCUUAAAAGUGCCAACCAGUUCGGUGUUUAGUGGCUUUCCUAAAAUUUCUACUUUUAAUUUUAAUCAAAAAAACCACAUAUCUAACGGUAGUGUCGAUGAUAAUUCUUUAGCUUCUUCCGAUUCGUUAAAUAGUACCAAAUUAGUGCCCGAUGACGAGUUCGAAUUUAGUUCGACCGUUUCCGCGAUCAUAUUGUCGAUGAAUGAUUCGCAAAUACCUCGCUACAGUAAUAGGACGCCUCAUUUUAUCGAAACCGAUGGCGACGAAACUAGUUAUUUUGGUGUUUUAUCCGUUAUUUUAGGUUUGAUGAUUCUUCUCACUAUUGUAGGAAAUGUUUUUGUUAUUGCUGCAAUAUUAAUCGAGAAGAAUCUUCAAAACGUUGCCAAUUAUUUAAUAGUAUCGUUAGCGGUAGCAGAUCUCAUGGUUGCCUGUUUAGUUAUGCCAUUAGGAGCUGUAUACGAAAUCAGCGACGGAUGGGUACUGGGGCCGGAGCUAUGCGAUAUGUGGACUGCCAGCGAUGUACUUUGUUGUACAGCUUCGAUAUUGCAUUUAGUUGCCAUCGCAUUAGACAGGUAUUGGGCUGUAACAGAUGUAGAAUACGUGACGAGAAGAAGCGCCUGGCGUAUCGUCGUAAUGAUCAUAAUCAUCUGGACUGUAGCAUUGAUUGUAUCAAUUGCACCGCAAUUCGGUUGGAAAGAUCCGGACUACUUGGACAGAAUUAAUUUACAUAAACGUUGCCUCGUUAGUCAAGAUAUCGGUUACCAAAUUUUCGCGACGUGCGCCACAUUUUACGUACCACUUUUAGCUAUUUUAAUUUUAUAUUGGAAAAUUUUCCAAGCAGCUCGACGUCGGAUUCAUAAACGAGCCCUACGUAACCCGGCGUACGGUUUGAAUUCGAAUAAGAACUCGAACAUGGCUCGAAAGCGAUUUAAUUUUUUCAAAAAAACACCUCAAAUUAAAUGCGAUCUCGAGACCGGAACGUGUACCAAUAUCGCAUUGAUGGAUAUCCCUUCGUCGUGUUCGGCGGCCGAAUCGUCGCAAGAAAACGCCGCCGGCGGACGCAAUACAGACUACCACGAUUUCAAUACCGAUCGUAUUUCUGUAGAUAAAGCCUUAAAUUCGAACUGCGCUAACGCCGAUUCCGGCCCUAGCACCAGUAAAGUAUUCAUCGAAACGUCCAUGUCAACGCUUAUCACCAAACAAAUACAAAAAGUCAAAUCGAAACGUGAUAAAAAGCAAUCCAUAGAAGCGAAACGGGAAAAGAAAGCCGCCAAAACGCUAGCAAUCAUAACCGGAGCUUUUGUUAUAUGUUGGUUGCCAUUUUUUAUCAUGGCUCUCGUUAUGCCCAUGUGUCCGACGUGCCAUAUUAACCGAUACGUUUCCAGUUUCUUUUUAUGGUUAGGUUAUUUCAAUUCCACUUUAAACCCCAUUAUUUAUACUAUUUUCAGUCCUGAAUUUCGACAAGCUUUUAAUCGAAUUUUAUGUGGCAUACAUAACAGCGGACUUCGGAAUCGUUGAAAAAUUCUCUACUACCUUACUCUUAUACGAGUAGGUAACCUACCUUCCUACCAUACCUUACGUUGUUGUACCCUUGUUUUUGUUUAUUUCCGCCCUUUUUUUUUUUUUUUUUUUCGAUGAUAUUUUAAUAUUUUUAAUGAACUGGCGAACUAAUACAUUUUUUUGUUUUUGGUACAAAAUGGACUGUAAUAGGGCUGUAAAAUUUUUACUUGGUAAUUUGUUUUCUGUUUUAUUAUUAUUUUUUUCGACAUAGUCGAUAUUAUUGUUGUACAUUUUCUCUUGUGUUUUUGUUUGAAUUCGUGUUAUUUGAAAAACGGUGAAUUGUAUUCUUCGUCAAUAAUUCGCAGCUCCUUUUUCUAUCAGGUAAAUCAAUAGUUCGCUAAAUUGCAUCAGAGGAAUUGGUAACAAGAUUUUGAAUUUUAAUCGAGAAUUCAAUAUGCAUAACGGUAGCCUACUUAGUUUAAUUCGAUUGGGGGAGGGACUUGAGUCCUAGUAAGUUGCCUCUUUUUAGGUACAAGUUGAACAAGUUUUUCCACUAAAAAAUGACUUAUUGCCUAUAAAAUAUCGAAAGUCGAUACAACUGCUUGUAUUUAAGACUGAAAAAAGGACAAAUCCGUAUUCAAAUUCCAACACUCAAUUGAUAUUUCCGAACCAGGAACAAAAAAUGGAAAUUUUUGCAAACUUUGAAGAGUGAAAUAAACUUACUUUGAGAUCAUCUCAUCACAAAACUUUAUAGUUUUUGAAUGAAAUAUUGGAUAAAAAUUUCAAAUCGUAUUUCAUUUUUAAUGUUGAAAAUCAAUCAAAAUUAAAAAUUUCAGAAAAAUACAUUUCUGGACAAUAAAAGCAAAAAAAAUAUUUUUUCAAAAAAUAAAAUUAAUUGAUGAAUAAAAAAAUAUUUUUGACGAUGCAUUAGGGCGGGGGAGGGGAGGCACCACUCUCCGAAUUUAAAUUUCUUUGAGGACCCCAGGAAUGAAAGAUCUGAGAUCAACUAUUAAUUAUCAAUUGUAACAAAAUUCGCGUACACUUCCUUAAAAAUGAAAAAAUUGAUUAACCUCAAUUCACACCAGACAAAUAAAAAUAAUGACCCUCUAGUGAACUAGGUAAUUGGUUACUCUUUAAUAUUUUGAUCCCACGAACAAGCAUUCAUUAUCCCAGCAUAAAAUCAUAAGGAACCUGAAAAUUACCCAGAGAAUCGAACUUAAAAAGUUCCAAAAAAAUAACCAGCAACAUCACCAACAUCAAUAAAUUGAUUUUUUUUUGAAAAAGAAACUGAAAAAUUUAUUUUCCAACGUGGAAAAAACCCAUUAAACUAAAUUCAACUCGAAAACAGUUUUUGUUAUAGGGCUACGAACGUUCCCUGCGCCCUUGCCACAUAUUUACUCGUCCUUCCUGUUGAUCGUAUUGGAAAAACUUUUCGAAACCGAAAUCACCGCGAACGCUAAUUUCGAUACAAAUCGCUUUUAAUUUUUAUAACUUUGAAAUAAGCUUUAUACACUAUGGAACGUGAAACUUUCCAUAAAUUACGUUAAAAGAUCAACUCGCGAGUCACGAGCGAGGGUAAAGGCGGUAAAAUAUCACUUUUUUGUUCGCAGGCCUUUUCUGUAUCACGCAUUUAUUUCAAAUGUCGUACACGUUUAUAAUGAUUUAUCUCGCUAUGUAAUAUAUGCUUUUUAAUGGUGAAUUUCGAUUUCAACUUAGCGGAUAACAAAACAAAUGUAAACUGGAAAUCUGGAAAAAAAGUAGGAAAAAAUCCCUCAAAACGGUAAUUUAUUUAUGAUGAAUUAAAUCAGAUUUAAAAAUAAUUUUCUGCAUCGGGAUUUUUUCACCCCCUCCGGUUCCGACACUGUUAUUAUUUCCAUUCCAACUGUCGUUUGCUCUAAUUGAAGUACGAUUUACGAUUUAAUCUCUCGUCCCCAAAGUAUAUUUAUUGCCGAAAGAAAUUGCCUCUUUUUAAAAAUACGGUUUUUAAAUCGUCGUGUUUUUUUUUUUUAUUUCAUUCUUCUCCUCCUUUUUGUAUAGAAAACAAACGAAAUCUAAGUUUAGAUUUUUUAACGCAACUUGUUCCUAUUUCCUGUUGGAUAAUGAUAAAUUGUCACAAUUUAAUGCUGCCGAAGUAGCGCUUAAAAUGGGUAAAUUGUUUUAAACUUUUUUUUACGCUCUCCUUCGUCGUGUCUUGAAAAAGCUAUACUAAUACAAGCUAAGUUCCAAAUGAAUAAAGUUUCGAAGUGGAUGAAAUAAUAAGAAAAACUAUAGAAAUUGACGGAAAAGUUUCAUUUGAAAAUGCUCACAAUGCGAGAUACUAUUUGAUAUAUGUCUACACUUUAAUAAAUGUAACACGCCGAAGGAAGGAAAAAAAUUCCGACGAAUUUACGACGAUAAAUUAGUUCUUCAGGAACAAACAGCGAAAAAAAAACUGUAUCGGAACUUAUUAACGUUAUAAAUCGAAUCAUCGCCCAAAAGUCAACUGUAAUCAUUAAAACUAAUUUCCUGAUACCUUCGCGAGACCUAAAAAAUACUGUUAAAGUGGUUUCUUCAUGCUUCCACACUGUUUUUUUCUCACAUAAGUAAAUAGGUAAACACUCGUUUUAUUCAAUUCAUCAAUAUUUUUUCAAAAUAUCGUCACUUUUUCGAACGAAAUACUAACAAAAGAUACAUUUUCUGCUGAGACUCGAAAUUUAAUAUUUAAACCAGUUACAUUCAAUCACUUACCCAAAAAGGGAAUUCACGUAUCCUCGAGGAAUAUAAAAAUUUCAUCUCCUUCAAACGUAAACCCCAAAUUCUGGAACCAGAAAAAAAAACUUUAUUAGGUACAAAUUCAUUCAACAGUGUUGCCAACUAACCAGUAUUCUACCAAAAUUAAUAAGACGGCUGUUUCUUACAUAGUAAAAUAAUGAAAUAAAUGACAACUAAUUUACAAGUACGAAACUUGAAAACCUCUUACUUAAUCGAUAUCUCACCCCCUCAGAAGAAUAUAAUCACCACAAUAAAAAUAUUCCCAAAUCACCAGUUACCAACACACUCCUUACCAAUCCGCCGUACACUUUAUUUAAAAAAAUUAAUUUAUCAUAUCAACGCUUCACAAAACACUCUCGAACUAUACAAGUAAAAAAAUAAAGAUAAAAAACACACACAUAGCAUUGAGCCUGCUACAGUGUGUGUACUUCACAUUUUAUACUAAACUGAACGAUUCAAAGAGCCGUUUUUGUAUAUAGCCAUAUCCUUUUUAAUAGUAUUACCGUAAAUAUCAAAUUGUAUAGUACGAUUUUGUAUUUUUAAACCUAAACAUAUUAUAAAUUUUACGAUUACGUUGACAAUAUUUUUUUAUGAAAAAUAUAAUGUGACAUAGAAAACGAUUUCUAUACAUAAGACCAAUCUGUCUCUCGUUAGACUCAUGUAAAUAAACGUAUAGUCGAAUUACAUGUAUUGUACCGCCUGAAGACUAUACGAACUUUCAUGUAAAGCGUUUUGUAUUAUACUUUGUAUAUAGAAAUAAUCUACCAUUAAUAUAUAGAUGAUGUAUUAUAGUGUAAAUACAUAUGUACGAUCUCGAUGUAAAUGUUCGUAAAAAAAACGCGUCAUAUUAACGCAGUUGUUAAAAUAUGUUUUAUACUUCGACGUAGGUAUUUAAAUACUCAUUUCUCGAAUAAUUAUGUUAAUUAUGGUAAAAAAAAAAAGGCAUUAUAGUAGAUAAAUUUCAUCAUCGUGACCAAAAAAUUAAAAUUCUCGAAAGUACAUACAUACACCAAUACAAAAUAAUAAAAUUGAUAUCUAAUACUGCAUGUUCCAUUGCCCAUCAUCAAGCUACCAUCUAUCUUGUGUUACAGAAACCAAACUGCAUUAAAGUGAGAAGAUUUGCAGACCGGAUACUUUCAAGGAGGUAACAUUUUUCGCAUAUUUUAUUUUCUAUUCUUUUUCUUUUUUUUUGAAAUUCCACGCAAUUAUUCAAAAAAUAAUUUUUAAAAAGAAAAUCAAAAUAUAAAAUUAAUAGUGUGUAGAUCAGAUAUUCUUGAAAAAUACGAAGAAUAGAAAUGGAAAUGGCGUUUUACUUUUCUCUUCCUCCCAUUUCCUAUUUUACGAAAAAUAAACCUCAAAUUUUGUAACCGGACAAUGAUCAAUCAAAAAAGAAGGCAAAAAUAUAUCACCAACUAGAAUUUCAGGUGCUAAAGGGCAUUUUUAGAAUUCUGCUAAAUUUUUGAAAAUGAAAUUUGGGUCAAAAAUGCAAAAAAUCGAAAUUUUACCAAUGUGACAUUUAAAGCUCAAAUUUGAUAGGUACGUAUCCUAUUUUCAAUACCUCGAAUUGAUUGUAAACGGUUUCAAACAGUUUUUAGUAGUUCUGGAGCCUCCUGAAAUGUUCACAAAAUUUUACUCAAUGAUGAGGGAAAGUUGAACUUUACUUUAUACUCCACUUUCAACGUUUUUACCCGAUUGGAGGUUACUUGAAGUCGCUCUGAAACCUCGAGCAACGUUCUGGAAAUUCUAAAUUUUCAAAAAAAAGCCCUAAAAUCUGCCCAAUUCAUUUUUCAAAAUCAUUUUUUGAUGAUUUGGAAUCAUAAAAGUAUAACUAUUUCUUCAGCGAUUUUAUCAUUGGAAAUUUGAAAUACAAGAUCAAAGUUCUGGAAUCUGCAAAAACCAAAUUUAGAAAAUUGUUUCGUCGAUUGAGUUGGUCUCUUAUAGGUACAAGCAUCAAUAAUGUCAUAAAAUAAGCUGCCUUCAAAAAAGCUCCACACCACCGAAAUUGAAGUAACAAGAAUUCAAGCUUGAAAAAAAAAACAUGUCUGCUAAGUGAGAAACUUAAUUUUUACUGUCAGCUUUUCGCCCCCGAUAACAUUACAGGAGGUCACGUGACAAUCCUAUCCCCUCAAAUCUCAGAUUCUGCAAAUUUGCUCACAUUUAUACAGUUUGGAUUACUAUUUCUCAGGUAGAAGGUAAAUAUGCCACCAGAAAAGCCCAUACCCUAUUUAAAAGCAUGGUUUAAAUCACGUAAUUGCAUUUAAUUCAAUUUAUGUUCAAUUUGUACCCAAUUAAUCAAAUCAAAAAAAUAUAUAUAUUAACAAUCUCACAUUCGAAGAUUACAUUUAAGUUUUCACUGAAUUUAUGGUGGUUGUAAUUUUUUACCUCUCAUUUUUGUAUGGCAAACCUAUCGAAACGUUUUUAUAAAGUAAUUUUUUUAUGCCCUGAACUUGAUAUUUAAAUUAGACGAACGUUGUGUUAUAUAUUUUGUUAAGUUUUAAUCCCUUGCUCUUUUUGUUUGUAUACUAAAUUAUUCGGAAAAAAAGAAGAAAAAAAACGUAUAACUUACGUAAUAUGUUACGUUGAAACGUCAACAGUCUUAGUUUGUUUUAUAAUUAACAUUAAAUUUCUCCAUGUUCGUUGUAUAUAAAAUAGUGUUCGCCACUUUUUCAUUCUCUAUUCAUUUUUUGUUUGUUUAAGUAUCUGUUUUUUUGGUAAAUUUUCUCCGCAACCAGAUGCAAACAAUCUCAGUCACCGAUUACUCGCAGUAAGCGCAUACGACAAAAUUAUAAGAAUUUAGUAUAAAGGAGAAAAAAUAUGAAAAAAAUUUACAAAAUGACGUUCGUAUAAUUAUCGCCAGCAAACCGGUAGUUUAUUUUGAUUAAGCGUCGUUCAGUUGGUCAAUUAAUUGGUCCCACGUUAACGAAGAAAAGCUCGAGGCAAAUUAUAGGUCUGAUGGGACAAUUUGCAAAUAUGCAAUACCUUAGGAACGCGAUAAAAGCACUUUGAGUAUACUUAUAUUUAUAGAAUAGAAGGGAAUAUUCUUAACCCUAUUUGUUUUCAUUUGCGAGCAUUUUUAUUCGUAAAUAAACUGCACCGUCGAGAUGCUACGAGUAGGUACAUAUUACAAUUGAAGUAUCAAGUGAACGAUAAAUGCUGCGAAAUAGUCGCGAAAAAUUCCCCAGAAUAAGAAUCGCUCUAUACGUGUCGUAAAAUAUCCUCUAAAUUUAAUCAAAUUUUAACUGUCAACUUUCAGAUUACAAACGCUUAUUUUAUAGUUCCAUGGUUUUUAUGUUGCUCUCAUUAAGCACACCAUUCUAUAGUUCUUAUCAAAGUUUGACGUUUCUCGGGUAAUGAAUCGCUAAUAAAAUUUCUAAUUUCAUAUAUGAACAUCGAGAGAUCCAAACGACCAAAAAAACUGAUAUAAAAUACAAUAUACAGGGUGUCCUGUAGAAAUAUUUCACAUUUUCGAGAUCAAAAAAUAAAAAACUCGACAACAUUAGGAUCCGUAUCAAAAAAUUCUGAGGAACAAUCAAAGACUUCAAAUUUAUAUUUUUUGAGGAAAUAUUAAUGAAAACACACUCCAAGAGCUACAAUCAGUUGAAAUAUUUGCAGCUCUCUCUGUCACCUUUAACUUCUAAUUUAGACAAAAUAUAAAUAGAACUGGUUUAUUUGCAGAGCAUUUUACGUUCUAUAAAUUGAGUUAUAAUAUUCAUUUUUUGUCUAUAUGUUCCAAACCGAAGGCACUAAAGCAUUUCGAAAAUUUCAAUGAAUCAUAGCUCAUUCAAAUUUAAAGUGGAGCAAAAAUUUUAUAAGACUUUUUUGUGCUCUUCAUAACAUUCUGCAAUGUGUCGCCACCACUCUAUAAAAUUUAGAUUUUUCGUUACGUUUCUGACUUUCAAAAUCUAUAAACCCCUUGAAAUUUCAAAGUAAACAGUGGCGAUGUUUUUUGGGACACCCUGUAUUAGAAUUGAUCAAGUUGGUUUGAAAAUUCUACACAUACACGACAUUUUCCAUGAAUUUCUCAUCAGAAAACAAUCUCCGGUUUUUAUCUUAUCAAAACAGGUUAAAUAAAUGCAAGACCAAUAAAUACUGCACAUCGUAAUAAACCAAUAAUGAAACUGCAUGACUGAACCUCAUCGUACUAAAAACUUUACUCAUAUUUCACUUCAUUGUUUACUUCUUGCUCGACUGCAGAUAUUUCAAUCUAGCUCUCGUAUACUAAUGAAACAAGAAGAUAGGUAAAAAAAAAAGUCAACUUGCUGCGAAGUAAUAUAGGUGACACGUAAACAAAUACGCAAGACUUUUUGGCGUUCAGGUUACACCCUCCGCUAAAACCUCGUCCGUUGAACCCAGACAAAGAAAUUCCAGCGCCAUAAUUUCGUAUACGAUAAAUUUGCCAUUUCAUUGAAUAAAUAAACCAAAUGUACAAAAAAAAAAGUGAUUUAUUAACCAUGCAAAAACCGUUGCUACCUUAAAUUUACAAUUACCAAACCUCCAUAACGUAUUCUUGCGUUUAAUUCGCUCAUCGUACUCGUACAUAUGUACCAAAGUGGCAAAGUAUCAACGUUUUUUAACGUUCUGACUUGGCAAAAAUCAAAAAAAUUAUCAAUCUAGCCAUACAGAAAAAAAAAUGAACGGGGGUAAAAAUGGAGAGCAGUAGAAUUAUACUAUUUGUGCUCAGAUUACCACAAUUUACAUUUUCCUAUUUUCUAUGCAACGCGAUGGUGUUAUUUUUUUCUACCAAUCACCAUCGUUGUUUUAUAAGAGAGGGGAAGUAUUAGAAACAAAUUUAUUUUAACCCUCGCGUCGUAUCGCAACACCACAGCCGUUACAAAUGUUUAUAAAAAUAUUACCCUAUGUUACCUUCGAAAAUAAAAAAAAAAAUGUUAAAAGUUGUAUACUGUUUUCGUUUUUUGUUUUCAUUUUUUUUCGUUUGUUUCGCGAGAAAAUACGCGCGUAAUUAAUGCCUAUCGUUGUUGGGGUUAUACUUGUAUUUUAUAAGAAUUUUCAUUAUCGCCUUCCAACCAUUAUCACGUUUCUGUUUUGUUUGUUUUUUUCUGUUUAUUUUUUUAAAUGUGUAGAUUUGUUUAUGUAUUUAUGUUUUAAUAUGUGAUUAAUAAAAAUAAAUUUAUAAAUUGAAACAAAACUUACUGUACUGUGAAUGUUGCGUAGCUUUUUAUUGUACGUGGAAAUACAUUUUGCUUGAAAUUUA